AUGAUUAGUAUAAAAUCAUCAUUUUUGAUAUCAUCGAUAUUGGUGACAUUGGUUGCAUUCAACUACAACAGAGAUGUAGAUGCUCAAUCUACGUAUACUGGUGCAAUCGUAGAGUACUCACCAAUAGCUUUUACCUUCCCGCUCAACGUAUCGAAGGAGUUGGCAUCUCAAUAUAUGUUAAUGAAUGUUCAGCAAUAUAUUCUAUUCAUUGACCAAGCAGUCAAAGAGAAAACACAAAUCAUUGUAUUCCCAGAGUAUGGUAUAACCGGUAACAAUCUAAUGAAUCGUGAUCGUGCACUAAGUUUCUUAGAGGAAAUACCAUCACCUAAAUCAUCUAAUUCACCGAUUAUACCGUGUGGUAACACACAAUUUGACGACCGUGUUGUUUUGCAAACACUAAGCUGUGCUGCAAUUAAAUAUAAUACGGUGGUGGUUGUCAACAUGGGUGAUGUUCAACCGUGUAAUAAUACGGAUCCAAACUGUCCGACUGACAAUCGCUAUCAGUACAACACGCAAGUCGCUUUCGGAAGUGAAGGCGCCAUCAUUGGACGAUACCACAAAUCACAUCUCUACGGUGAGCAACCGGUGUUUGAUCAACCGAUCACUCCGGACAUUGAGUACUUUACCACCGAUUUCAAUGUCACCUUUGGUAUGAUGAUCUGCUUUGACAUCAUGUUUGAAGAGCCACGCACCACCCUUGUCGCGCUCGGUAUCAACAACUUUGUCUACUCGACCGAGUGGGUCAAUGCAAACUAUGCGUAUGCCACACAGAUCCAGCAGGCACUCUCAUACGAAGCGAAUGCCAAUGUGUUGGCGGCCAACAUUGGAACGAUGGCAAUGAUCAGUGGAUCCGGUAUCUACACCAGCGGAACACCGCAGGCAACCUACGUCAAUCCUACCUACGAAUCGAAAUCGCAGAUGUUGAUUGCCACGCUUCCAAAGGAUCCGUCCGACUCUGCACUCGUAGAGUCACUACUCGCCAAACAGCAGCAACUACAACAACAACAACAACAACCGUUCUACUCCAAACCACUGCUCGGACACCAAGAGCCACAAAAGAUCGUCAAGCACAAAAUCAACUACCAAGGUGUGCCACCCAACAGCUUCAACUCGACAUUCACCAUUUUCAAGCCAUCUUCCAACCAAGAGCAAAUCUCUCUACAAGCAGUGAACAAUGGAUUCGUUUGUUCUCUAACCUACUCCACAGGAGAGAUUGUCGGCGAUCAAUACUUCUCUGUUGUAAGCUUCAAUGGAAAUUCAAAUGGAUUUUGGAAUUCACAGAUCUGUAUGGUUGUUGUAUGUCUAGAUAAUUCAGAGGAUGGUUGCUCAGCUUUGAUCUUCAAUAGUAGCACCCCAUUCACUGAACUGACACUCAGCGCACCAUUCUCCAAUGGAUACCACGUCAACCCAAUGGUAUCCUCUGACAACACACUCUCCAACUACUAUCCAAGUUACAAUAGCAAUACCAAUACAUUUGCCAUCACCAACAUCGAUCCAGUUAUUUCAGUAGCUAUGUUUGCAACCCAAUGGGAUAACUCAUCCUCUUCUUCAUCGUCCUCAUCCACAAGUGAAACCGAUUCACCAAUGAAAAAUUCCUUCUUAUUAUCAAGUUAA